AUGUUUGAUCAUGACAUGCAAGGGUUGUUGAAUGAUAUUAACCGUACAGUAGAAAAUAUCACUCAAGCAGUUGUUGGUGAUGCUGAAAAUGAUAUUUCUCAUUUGAACAAUGAUGCGGAGCCGGAUGCUUCCACCAGUGACUUUUCUGAACUUCUCAACGGUAUUAACGAGAAGGUGUAUCCAAACUCAAAGUAUUACAAGUUAUCUUGUUUGGUGCACUUGUUUCAUUUGAAGUGUCUUAAUGGUUGGAGUAACAAAUCACUUUCUAUGUUAUUGGAGUUUUUGAUAGACUUGUUACCCGAAGGAAAUUUAAUCCUCAAAACGACUCAUCAAGUGAAAAGAAUAUUGAGACACUUGGGUUUAUGUUAUGAGAAAAUAGAUGCAUGCCCUGAUGGCUGCAUGUUAUUUUGGGAGGAGAAGAAGAAAGACGAGGUUUGUUCUUUUUGUGGAACUUCCAGAUGGAAAGUUGUUGAAGAAACAGAUGUUGAAAUUACUGAAACUAAAAAGAAGGCAUCAAACAUUUUAAGAUGGUCCCCGUUAAAGCCUCGUUUACAAAGAUUGUUCGAGUCUUCUAAAACAGCUGACCUUAUGAAGUGGCAUCAUGUAGAUCGUGUUAUAGAUGGAAAGUUACGACAUCCAACUGAUGCAUUAUCAUGGAAAAAUUUUGAUCAGAAGUUUCCUGAUUUUGCUAGUGAUCCACGAAACAUUCGGUUAGCUUUGGCUAGCGAUGGGUUCAAUCCGUUCAAGACAAUGAAUGUGGCAUAUAGUAUUUGGCCCGUUUUCUUGGUUCCAUAUAACUUACCACCAUGGUUAGUUAUGAAACAACCAAACUUUAUUCUGUCACUAAUUAUUCCUGGUCCGAGAAGCCCCGGCAACAAGAUAGAUGUUUACAUGCAACCAUUGGUUAAAGAACUACAAGAGUUAUGGGAGGUUGGAGUUCGAACAUAUGAUGCCUCAACAAAACAACACUUCCAGUUGAAGGCUGCUGUUCUUUCAACAAUUUCUGACUUUCUUGGUUACGGCAUUCUUUAUGGGUGGAGCACGAAAGGAAAACUUGCAUGCCCCUCAUGUGGUUUUGAUACUGAUUCUGAAUGGUUACAACAUGGGAAAAAAUGGUGCUACAUGUGUCAUCGAAGAUGGCUACCAUCUGACCAUCCAUGGCGUAAAGACACUCAAUCCUUUCUUGGCGGUGAGGAAUCAAGAGAUGCUCCUGUUCGUCCUUCAGGUGAGGAGGUCUUGAGGCAAUUGGUUCGUUAUGACUACCUCAAAGAAAAUGAUGGUGACCGUUGGAAAAAGUAA